AGGUGAGGCGAGGCUCCGGUCCGGUGCCACCGCCGCCCGGCUGCAGCCUCGCCUCGCCCCCGCCCCGCACACACACACUGCCCGCGGCCGGAGCCGCCAUGGCUGCAACCACCCCCGACUUUAACAUCCUGCUGGCCACCGACUCCUACAAGGUCACCCACUUUAAACAAUACCCACCAAACACCAGCAAAAUCUACUCUUACUUUGAAUGCCGGAAAAGAAAAAAUGAUGAGUUCAAAGAAAUUGUCUUCUUUGGCUUACAGUAUAUUCUGAAGAAAUAUUUAUCAGGUUCAGUUGUGACAGAGGAAAAGAUUCAGCAAGCCAAACAAAUCUAUCACCUUCAUUUCAAGCACUCUAUCUUUCACGAGGAUGGAUGGCGGUACAUUUUAACGAAACACAAAGGACACCUACCAAUCCGAAUUAAAGCUAUUCCUGAAGGGAGCAUCAUUUCACGGGGAAAUGUCCUAUUUACUGUGGAGAACACAGACCCCGAUUGUUUUUGGCUGACAAAUUACAUUGAGACGACGCUUGUUCAGGUCUGGUAUCCGAUCACCGUUGCUACCAUUUCCAGAGAGUUCAAGAAGAUAAUAGCUCUGUACCUGAAGAAAACCACUGGUGGUUUGGAUGAUCUGGAGUUCAAGCUACAUGACUUUGGUUAUCGGGGAGUUUCAUCACAGGAGUCUGCAGCUCUCGGAGGCGCGGCGCAUCUGGUGAACUUCCAAAGCACAGACACGGUGGCAGGGCUGGUGCUGGCCCAACAGUUCUACAACUGCCGAAUGGCCGGGUUUUCAAUCCCUGCAGCAGAGCACAGCACCAUCAUUGCAUGGGGCAGGAGUCGGGAGAAGGAUGCCUUCGAGUAUUUGCUCCAACAGUUUCCGUCCACUCCCAUUUCCGUCGUCAGUGACAGCUACGACAUUUUCAACGCCUGUCGGCAGAUCUGGGGAGGUGACCUCAAGGACAAAGUCAUGCGACGGAACAAGGAUUCCGUGCUCGUUAUCCGACCCGACUCUGGCGAUCCGGUCAAGACUGCCAUUGAGGUUCUGAGAAUUCUGGAAGAAGUCUUUGGAAGCACUCCCAACUGCCUGGGAUAUAAGACGUUGCCAGCCUACAUCCGACUCUUUCUGGGAGAUGCUAUCAACCUGGGUUCCAUAGAAGAAAUCCUAAUAGCUUUGAAGAAAGAACACUGGAGCGCUGAGAACAUAGCGUUUGGGUGCGGAGGUGCACUCCUGCAAAAGCUGAACAGAGACACCUUGAACUGCUCUUAUAAAUGCAGUUACGUUGAACAAAAUGGAAAAGGGCUGGAUGUCUACAAACAGCCAGUGACUGACCCGGCCAAAGUUUCGAAGAAGGGCCGACUAAUCUUGCGGAGAAAUCCGGAUGGAAUCAUUGAAACGGUGGAGGAAGGGAAGGGCAAUCCGGAGGAGGACCUCUUGGUUGCUGUUUUUGAAAACGGGAACGUACUCCAGGACUACACACUCGACGAGGUUCGAGAAAAUGCAAAGCUCCAUCCAGCCUGUUGACCUGCAGUGGCGUGAGCAGGCGAGAGAGCUGCCUGAUAAAAUCUGUUAACUGGUGAUUCACCUUCAACAACAAAAAUGCAGUUGUCUGGAAGUACUAACUAUCGAACUGUGGGGCUGCUUUAACAAACAGAGUCAGAAACCAGCAAAGAUUACAGUUAGUGAUUUUCACCAACCCACCCAAAGAAACGAGACGAGUUUGAAGAUUUCAUGUGUAAAAUUAUUCAGUUAAAAACUCAAAACCAUAGCAUGUUUUAUUAAAAUUUUGAUAAACCA